ACAGUCACUGGUGCCAAACUGACAUUCUGCAACUUGGACAAAGGCAGGUUUGACAGAGGAAUUAGCUUGUGUAUGGUUGGAAAAGCUGAUGAAAGCCAAGAGGAUGAAAAUAACUACUGUUAUUGUACUGCUGCUUCAGAUAUCUCAUUUUUUUGCUCAUGCAGAUGGAUUUUUUUUGAUCUACAAUGCACAUAAGAAUAGAUGCCUGACAGACAACCUGCAAUGGUUAGACAUGUGUAACCCUUUUAGCCAAAAACAGCAGUUUCUCUGGACGUCUGAGGACCGAAUUUUUAAUGUUGCACAGAAAAAAUGCCUUGGCAUUGGGAGCAAAAAGGAGGGUAAUAAACUGCAGUGGUACAUCUGUAAUGCUAAACAUGACCUCCAAAAAUGGCAAUGCAGGAACAAUUCUCAGUUCAGUGUGAAGAACGAGUCAUUGUACUUGUCCCUUCAAGGAGAAACUUAUUCUCUGACACUGUCCAAAAAUCAGAAUGACAAGAGCCAGUGGACAAUCCAUGGAACAACAGACAACAUUUGCUCUCAACCAUAUCAAGAAUUAUAUUCACUCAGAGGAAAUGGUUUUGGUCGUCCAUGCAAUUUUCCAUUCAGCUACAAAAAUAAAUGGUAUGCAGCCUGCACGAGAGAGGACUCUCCACAUCCGUGGUGUGCAAUCGAAAGUAUUUAUGAAAAUAAUCAGCUCUGGGGUUAUUGCCCAACACGUCAAAUAGAUGAAUUCUGGACCAAGAACCCUCUGACAGGCAGCUAUUACCAGAUAAACAAAGAUUCUGCACUUACCUGGUAUCAGGCCAGGCAAAGCUGUCAGCAGCAGGGGGGAGACCUGAUGAGCUUCACUGAGGCCCAUGAGCAAGCCCUCAUUUCAGGUUUGAUUCAGGGGAAUGGCCCAGCAUUGUGGACAGGUUUAAACAGUUUAGACACAUCAAGUGGAUGGCACUGGGUCAACGGAAAACCAUUACGUUAUUUGAACUGGCUCAGUGGGCAGCCAUCAACUCUACUGGGUCAUAGCUGUGGGGCGAUAAAUCAGGAAUCUGAUUCCAAAUGGUCCACUGAUGUUUGUUCAGUGAAACAUGGGUAUAUCUGCCAAAAAGACCUCUCCACUACAACUAUUCCACCAGUGGUGCACACAGGAUCUUGCCCCAGACCAUGGAUUCCUUACUUAGGUCACUGCUACUAUCUUAAUCGCAACAAAAAAACAUGGUUGGAGGCAAGAGAUGCCUGUCGGCGCGAUGGUGGAGAUCUUCUGAGCAUUCUCAAUGUAGAGGAGCAAAGCUUUGCCAUUUCACAACUUGGAUACUUAAAAACGGAUGAGUUGUGGAUUGGCUUAAAUGACCUCAAGACUGCGAUGUUAUUUGAGUGGAGCGACCACUCCAAUGUCCUAUUCGUCUCAUGGGAGAAGAAUGAACCAAGCCACAAUGCUGACAACAAACAGGACUGUGUUUUGAUAAGAGGAGAGGAGGGCAAGUGGGCUGAUGAAAUCUGUAAAAACAAGUAUGGAUUCAUCUGUAAGAAAGAUGCUAAUUCAAGGCCAUCCACAAAUGACACAGUUGUCACAAGUCCUGGCUGCAAGCCUGGUUGGACCAGGUAUGGGUACUACUGCUACUUCAUAGGAACAGAGACUAAAACCUUUGAGGAGGCCAAACAGACAUGUGGGAAAACUGAUUCUAAUUUGGUUGACAUCACAAACAAAGUUGAAAAUGCUUUUCUGGUCAGCCUGGUAGGGAUGCGACCAGAGAAGCACUUCUGGAUUGGGCUAUCUAACAUCAAGAAUCAGCACACUUUUGCGUGGACUAACAAUCAAAAAGUUUUAUACACACAUUUUAAUGCUGGAAUGCCAGGGCGGAAACAAGGCUGUGUCGGCUUUACCACAGGAACAUUUGCUGGAUUAUGGGAUGUGCUGAGUUGUGCUAAUAAAGAAAAAUAUAUCUGUAAACGAAUGGCUGAAGAUUUUGUCACUACCUUGGCCCCCACAACUAUCGCUCCUCCCAAUUGCAGCGAUGAAUGGGUUCCAGUUAGGGACAGAGACAUCUGUAUAACGCUAUUUAAAAUGGAAGACAACCAAAAAAAGACCUGGUCUGAAGCACUCAGCUUCUGCCGGGAACUUGGGGGUGAUCUGCUGAGUAUCCACAGUGAUUCUGAUUUGUACCAGCUUCAAAAUAUCUUUACCCGUGGAGCAUGGAUUGGAUACAGCAUUCAGGAUCCCUCUGUUGGCUAUGUAUGGAGCGAUGGAUCCUCUACAACUUUUGAGAACUGGCAAGACGAUGAACCCAACAAUUACAACAAUAUGGAAAACUGUGCUGAAAUUACUUUUUGGUGGUGGUCAAAAAGAUCAGAAUGGAAUGAUGUACACUGUGAAGACAGAAAAGACUGGUUUUGUCAGAUUCAAAGAGGCGUUACACCGAAAGAAGUGGAAAUCACAACUAAAACCUAUAAUAAAACAGAUGACGGCUGGAUAAUAUUCAAUGGUAAUCAGUAUUAUAUCAGUGAACACAGAUAUGUCUCCAUGCAAGAAGCACGCUGGUUCUGUAAGCAAAGACAUGGCGAUCUUGUGGUCAUCAAUGAUGAGGAAGAAAGAAUAUUUCUGUGGCAUCAGGGAAAAUAUAGCAAUUAUUAUAUUGGCUUGAAAGUUGAUCUGGAUAAAUCGUUCACGUGGAUGGACGGGUCUCCAGUUGUAUUUGAGGCAUGGGAAAAAAACCAGCCAGCUCUUUUGAACAAUGAGGAGCGCUGUGUACAGACAACUUCUUCUCAAGGGCUCUGGGAGACUGUAAAUUGUGGUGAACAGCACAAUUUUUUCUGUAAACGAAGUGGCUCUGUCGAAGUCAAUUCCACUGCUGCUCCAACCGAAAGCCCCAGAGGGGGCUGUGCUCCUGACUGGGUGAAAUUUCAGACAAAGUGUUACAAAAUAGGCCAUGAGCUAAAAACAUGGACUGAAGCCAGGUCAUUCUGUAGAAAUCUUGGAGGGGAUCUCACGUCGAUAACAAGCAGCCUUCAGCAAGCCUUUUUAAUUUUAACGACUGGUGAGAAAACUGAAGAUUUAUGGAUUGGCUUCAGUAACUUGGCAAACAAAGGAUUUAGAUGGACAGAUGGGAGCACUGUUGGAUAUACAGCCUGGGCUAAAGGUCAACCAUCAAGAGAAGAAUAUUUAUGGCGAAUGGGAGAAGAGGAAAACACUUGUAUUGCAAUGGGAAAUACGCAAAAAAUGGAAAUGGGCAAGUGGAUAACAAAAGACUGUAAUAAAACCAGUGGAUUUAUUUGCAGUCGAGCUCUUGAUCACUUUAUUGAACCAAGCCCGACAAAGAUACCCACAACAUUUAUGAAGCUUGGAAAUGAUUCUUACAUGAUUUUGCAAAAGAACUUGACCUGGAAUGAAGCCAAGCACCAGUGUGAGUUAGAGGGUGCACAUCUGGCAAGCAUUCGGGACUAUCUUGCUCAGGCAUACAUUGAGCUGCAGACCUCAAAACUUGGACAGCCCUUAUGGAUUGGCCUUAACAGCCAGGAGACAGAUGGAUACUUUUUGUGGAUGGAUAACUGGCAGCUAAAUAUGGAGAGGUGGGCCCACAAUGAACCAAAAAGCAACCAACCAUGUGUUUAUGUGGAUGUGGAUGGCCAAUGGAAAACUGCUUACUGCAAUGAAACAUCCUACAGCAUUUGUAAGAAAUCACCAGACAUUGCUCCGGCUCCACCAGUGCAGUACCCUGGUGUGUGCCCCGAAAUAAAUGAAAUUGCACCAAAGAUGGCAUGGGUGCCUUUUAGAGGCCACUGCUAUGCAUUUGUGAUUAUGAGCACAUCAUGGAGUAAAGCCUCUCAAAUUUGUAUAACAAGAGGUGCCACUCUUGUCAGCAUUGAAGAUACAAAAGAGGCCAAUUUUAUAGAGAAUUACAUCACUUUUCUUGGAAAUGGUUAUGAAAAGUUCUCAAUAGGCCUUUUUAAGACAUAUGCAGACCACUGGCUGUGGUUGGACAAAAGUGUUGUGGAUUACACUAAUUGGGGAGAACCAUCAGAGUAUGAGUCAUACGAACAUGACUGUGCAUUUAUCUCCACCCAAACUAAACAAUGGGAAAAACAACACUGCUUAUAUACUCAUUCACCAUUCAUCUGCAAGACACCAAAGGUUGCAAAGCCAACCACCCCUUUAGAGAUUCACCCAACAGAUAAGCCUGUAACACAUAGGAACCUUGCUGGUGUGUUUGUGAUUGUGGUGAUUGCAGUGCUGUUCAUACUGGCUGGAUUGGCUUACAUGUACCACAGAAGAACCAACAUUUGCCUUGCUGCACCUUCAUACGAGAACCCAAUGUAUUACAACACAGAAGCCCCAUUGCAUGAUAACAAAACAUUAGUUGAUAACAUGGAAAAUAAUGAAUAACGUCCAUGAAUGUACAUUUAUUUCUUAUGUUAAUCGUUUUAUUCUUUACAUUAAACAUGUAAACUACUUUGAAUGUUGACUAAAUGUUUACCCAUUGGGAUGUUAAGUAAAUGGUUUUGAAUCAUA